GGUUUGUGACGCCCAUGGCAAGAAUUCCAUGAUGAAUCAGAAAAGGUCUUGGAGAAUGAAAAGGUGUGUCAUUCUAGUAGUGAUUGCCGCUGUCGUCGCUACGGUUUCACUUGUUGCAGUUGUUUUAAUUGUAAAAGGACAAGAUCAUGACACGAGGUACAAAGACAGUAACGAGCCUGGGAGUAAUGGAAAUGACUUGACGAUUCACAAAGCCACAUCUUCACCAGAUGACACUGAAAAUAUUAUCAUCACAAUAAAAACGCACGAUGUACUUGGAAUGAACUACACAAGGACACAUACUUUUAUGUGCAAUCUGUUUCCUCAUGUCUUGCCAAAGCUGUGUAGUAGUGGAUAGGAAUAUAUCAUUGAUUUAUGAAAUCUUAAUCUGUUAUAAGUAAAGGAGAGUUGUUGAUAAAGUAAUGUUUUCGUAACACUAUUAGGACUGGACAUACAUAAUGUAUAGGCAGAUCAUUUCCGUAAAAUGCUGCUUGUACGUUGAAAACAAUAUUAUUUAUUGACAAAACUUUUCUGGCAUUCACAACGGAAGGUUGUCGAUAGAGAAACAUUUUCUAGGGCUGGACAUUAUUGGGUAGAUCAUUUUCGUAAAGAGCUGCUUGUACGUUGAAAACAAUGCCUACAUACAUCUAUAUCUGUAAGGCAGUGAGCACUAGGAAGCACUCCCAUUCCUUUCACAUUGUAACAGGUCAUGACUAAGCAUAAAAUGCAAACCGCUGGUUCGUCGUUUUUACUGUUUUUCCAGUCACAAUGCUAGAGACUGAGAGACUUGUAAAUAUUGAACUGUGCUUUCUUGGUGUCAUUUGUGCUUUCUAGCGACGCAAUUGAGAUUGGAUAUUUGCCAACAUUUUUGUAUCUACGUACAUGAUAUGUAUAUCAUAAUCAAAAGGCUAUUUCAACCUGAAAUUGAUCUAUUGGUUUCGCUUGUUAUGUAUACCUUUGAGUAAACAGCUAUUGUCUUGUUUGGUGUAAAAUACUUAAAAGAUUGGACAUGUUACAAGACUAAUUUCAAUUUCGAUUUGAGAGAAUCACAAC